AUGCCUAGUGCAGCGACCGAACCCAAGUCCACUUCAUGGAAAGUUACAGCGCAAGUUGCUGAAGAGAUGAUCAAGUUAAAAAAGGGUGACCCUCGCGUUGCAUUAGCACUUCACAAUGCAAAGAUACAUCGGCCAGCAUUGUAUAUUUCUUCAAAAGCCUCUUUGACAAGUAGCGUAGAUGACACAACAAAAAUGGCCGUUCCAGGGCAUAAUCAGAAUUCUAAGAUCACGGCAGUGCGAUCCAAAAAAGUAAAUAAGAUUGACUGCAAGGGAGAAAUGUCUUCUGAGGCGAAAAGAACUCGGAGGUCGGGAAACAAAUCCCAAGAAUUUUCUCGCGAACAAAUUUCAAGUCCUUCUGGAUCAAAAUUCGAUUUGAAUUCGUACCAAUUAAAGAAGAAUACUGCCACCGUUUACAACGAAUGGGAACCUGACCUAUCCCUGGAGAAAAGUGAGAAUCAAAGCAGUAAACUGGUGACACUAUCAACUGUCAAUGUACAACCUUGGGAAAAUGAUUCAGUUCAAACAGCUAACGAUAAUAGGCAGCCAUCCGGCCUAAAGGGUUUUAUGGACAAGCAAGUCAGAAGAGCUGAAAUAUCUCGUCUUGUUUCACUUCAACAGGAUAGUAACGUGCGUAGAUUGCAUGAACAAAUUAAAACAUGUGCUGAUGAUGACUGUACAGUUCAACAUACAAAUAAAAAAAUACUCAGACCAGGAAGAAAAACAUGUUCUUUCGCACUUCGUGAAGGUGAGCUCGAUAUCAGCAGACUUUCUGAAAUACUUCUGGUAAGUUCAAAAAUGCCAUGGAAUCCCUGUUCACCGUGCCGCCUUCCUCAUGUAAAAAAAAAGUAUAACACCAAUGGGAUAAAACGCGUGGAUUUUCCAGUCUUCGAGAGAGGUCCCGUGAUGUCCCUGAUGAAAACGGAUUGUCAUCUUUGUACAGAAUGUAGAAAAAAAUCUCAAAAUCUACCAAGAGUAUAUGGCGCUGACAACGAAUCGGAAAACCUGACCCGUCUUAAAUACAGGUUGAAACUAAAAGAACGCCAGCUCUUGGAAAAGAAAGACGGUUUUGAUAAACCUUCUGGACAAAGUGUGAAACAAGAUAAUUCGCAAAAAAGUUCUUCUCUUGGGCAAAAAGAAGAUCUUAGUGCUGGCCAGCUUGAAGAAUUAGUAUUACCAAAGUUGUACCUUUCACAUCACUCUUCUGCCACCGCAGUUUGUGAACAGAAACUGAGAACACCGAGGACACUGUCAAAGAUUACUGAUACUACCCUGAGUUUCGAAGAGCGUUCAAACCAACGGUACCACAAGGUGGUUAAAAUUGAGAGAAUCUCUGCUCAGGAACAACCUUUGAAAAUUUUAACUAAAAAAGGAUCAUCCUCAACAAAGUUGUGUGAUUUUUCAGGUGCUCUACCCCCCCUGACGAGUGAUUUGCGUGUCUUGGCCUCUCCACUUCGUGGUUUUACUCCUCAGUAUUGCAGUGACUUAGCAAAAAGUCCAAUACUUUGGAGAGAGAAUUCUGAACUGAAAAAAGCAAAACAGGAGGAAAAUACCAAAACUGAGACGUAAGAGUUUACAGGCGAA